UCGCUGCUAGGUUGCACGUUAGUAAGUAAAGAUGCUCUGGACUUCAUUGACUUCACUGUUUCACUGACCAGCUUCAGCAUCUUUUUGUCAGUGGCAAAGCAGGCCUUUUGUGAGAGAAGGUGAAAAUUUCAAAGUGAAGACUUUAGCUUGAAAAUGGCAUCAUGCCUUUAUGAAUGCCUUCGUGAGGCAGAACUUGAAAAGUACUAUGCCCAUUUUGCUGCCUUCGGUCUUCAGAAGAUUGAUGAGCUUGCUAAAGUUUCCACGAAAGAUUAUACCAAGCUGGGUGUCCAUGACAUGAAUGACCGCAAACGACUCUUUCAGCUCAUUAGAAUAAUCAAAAUUAUGCAAGAGGAAGACAUUGAAGACUUAAGCAAGAAAGAUUUUCAACAAAGUGGCCUUUUCAUUCAGCCUCAGAUGACCAGAUCAGGUCCCCGUAGACAGCUGCGUUUUGAGUCCUUCUUUGAAGAAAAUGAUGGAACAGUGAAAGGCUCUGAAUCUGAAUCAUAUGGUUCAUCUGAUUUCAGUGCCAAUGAGGAGAAGAACAGUGUAGGGGAAAUGUUGGGACACAUUCAACCACAUGAUUCAGAGCUGAUCAGAUUAGUUAGAAGAGACCUAAAUACUCCUGGAACAUGCACAAAAAAGGACCUGAGCUGUUCAACUGUUUCUGAUGAUAUUGCUCCUCUUCUGGGGGAUUCUGAAGCUCCUAUUGUACAAAGAAUAACUCAUAUUUCAGGGUAUAAUUAUGGACUACCUCAUUCCAGUAUCAGAUCCAGCACUUCUGAGAAAGAGACUCCAUGGACAGAGAGUGAAAAAAUCAGAGUGUGUGUCCGAAAACGUCCUCUAGGCCUGAGAGAGGAGCGACGUGGGGAGGUUAAUAUCAUCACAGUGAAAGACAAAGAAACCCUACUUCUUCAUGAGAAGAAGGAGGCGGUUGAUCUCACCCAAUAUAUUUUACAGCAUGUUUUUUAUUUUGAUGAAGUCUUUGGGGAGUCAUGUACCAAUCAGGAUGUGUAUAUGAAGACAGCUCAUCCUCUCAUUCAGCAUAUUUUUAACGGAGGUAAUGCAACCUGCUUUGCAUAUGGGCAGACUGGUGCUGGCAAGACUUACACUAUGAUAGGUACUCACCGGAACCCAGGACUCUAUGCCUUGGCUGCCAAGGACAUCUUUAGACACCUGGAAGCAUCACAGUCAAGGAAAGAUCUCGUUUUGAUCAGUUUUUAUGAGAUCUACUGUGGACAGCUUUAUGACCUGCUGAACGGAAGGAAGAGGCUUUUUGCAAGAGAAGAUAGCAAGCAUGUUGUUCAAAUAGUUGGACUGCGGGAGGUUCAGGUGGACUCUGUAGAUCUACUGUUGGAGGUGAUUUUGAAGGGGGGGAAGGAACGCAGCACAGGAGCUACUGGAGUCAACUCAGAUUCCUCUCGAUCUCAUGCUAUCAUCCAAAUCCAAAUUAAAGACACAGCCAACAGGACAUUUGGAAGGAUAUCAUUCAUUGACUUGGCUGGCAGUGAAAGGGCGGCUGAUGCCAGAGACUCAGAUCGACAAACAAAAAUGGAAGGAGCAGAAAUAAACCAAAGUCUUUUAGCACUAAAGGAAUGCAUUCGGGCAUUGGAUCAGGAACACGCACAUACUCCUUUCCGGCAAAGCAAAUUAACUCAGGUGCUAAAGGAUUCUUUCAUUGGCAAUUCCAAGACAUGUAUGAUAGCCAAUGUAUCACCUAGUCACACUGCUACAGAGCAUACCCUGAACACUUUACGAUAUGCUGACAGGGUCAAAGAGCUGAAGAAAGGGAUCAAAUGUCCCACCCCUGUCACAAACAGGCGUCGGACAGCUGGAAAUGUAUCUCCAAAACGUGUCCAAAACUCUCUCCCUUUGCCGCCUGGGGAAAAGAGCUCUCCAAAGAAAGUGAAGCUAGGCCUCCAGCAUCCCUCAAACCCUACAAAAACUAAGGCAUGUCCUGCAGCACUCCAGCCACCCAGUGUCCCUUUUACCUCUGCCUCCAGGGGAAUCAACAAAGGACAUGCCUACAAAGGAAGUCCCAGCUCACUGUGGUUCCACCAUGCUACCCCAGUUAAGGGGGUCCUACGGAUAGCGCACCCUCUGAAGAAGAAAACUGGUGAUCUGUCUCCCCAUUCUGAAAAGAACCCUGCUGCAAAGGAUUUCAUCAUCAAAAGUGCUGCCACAACAGAAACAAAAGAGAGUGGUCAGAGAGACAGGUAUAUGCAAGACAGACCACCUGUCCAGUGCCUGAAAGUCCAGACAGUGCAGCCUGUUCAGAAACAGCUUGUUUCUAGGGAUGAUUUUUCCUUUGGAGAUGGAAAUCUGCCUUCCGAUGGCACACAAGAAUGGGGAAACACCUUUGCUAAACAAUGUGUUGAAACCUGGACAAAUCUGCCUCCAUUUCAGAAGGAAAGGGAAGAGCAUUUACGUCUUUAUCACCAGCAGUUCCAGCAGCCGCCUAUUCUACAGCAAAAAUUGAACUAUCAACCGCUUGAGAGGUUUUUAACACAAUACAAGCCCCAGGAGAUUCAAGUGAAGCAGGAGCUGAGCCUUACUCCCACAGAAGUACAGAGCAAAGAGGGGAUGCAACUGGACGAUCUGGAUGACAGUGAUUUCAGUGAAGAUUCUUUCUCACCUGUCUGUAGUCAAAAGAGUGUGAAAAGAAGAAACAACAACAAAUGCAGUCAACAUUCAUUUUUCCUUCAUCAAAGAGAACAAGGAACUGAAGAAGAGCAAAAAGGGCAAAAGCGACAGGACUUAUUUUUUAAAUAUGCAAUACCCAUGCAAGAACAUGAACUAGAUGACAGCUGGGAUUGUAGUGAGGGCAGCCCAAAGACAGAGGAAUCCAUUAAAAAUGCAGGGUGCAGCAAAGCUCCAUCAGACUGGAGCUAUGACUUAACUAUUGACUCCUCUCCAAACAAUACUGCAGAAAAACCUUACUGCCUGCAGGAAGAUACUGCUAGUAACUGGAAGAAUGGCAAUGAUUUCCUAGCUGAUCACAAACAGUACAAAUCCAAACAUGUGUGUCUUGUUUACUCCGGUGAAGCCACUUUAACUCCAGAAAAGGAUGCUUCAAACCCGUAUAUUUCUCCUGUGUUGAAAUCGGGAACUCCAGAGUGCAAAGAGAUUGACCUCCAGCAUAAAGAGAAGGAAGAAUCCACUUUGGAUAGACAGGCUGCCCUUGCAGGAGUUGUAAAAUUGAAAGCUCGAAAAAAUGGAGUUAAUCAUUGUGGAUCUUCCAGCUGUUCCUCAGAAUUCACUUCUGAGCUAGUGGCCUCUCGCACGGUAUCCCUUCUUGACUAUGAGGAAACAACUGAUAUAGAGAAAGUGUCCUCUAACCAAGAGAAGUCCCCCCGUGUGAAGCAGAUGUCGGACAGGAACAUACAUGGCUGCCAGAACAGAUUUGAGGAAGAGGGCUGGCGGUGUACGAGAAGCAGAGCUCUGACGGACAGCAUGCUGGAACUGGGGGAGCAAAUGCGUCGUGGUGGAAGACAUUAUGCCCUGCUGUGUUCCCCACAAACAGGGGACAAGUGGCUUUCACCCACCUGCUGUGAUGUGAAGCCCUGCUGCUGCUUUCUGGGCUCAGCUUCAUCGAAGCAAGGAGUCAUUCACAGUCUAUUUGCUGGACGUGACCUGACAGAAACAUCCACAGCUGAAUCCAUGGGCUCCAGAGAAAAGGGGGAGGGUGGCUUGUUUCUCAGUAACUCAACACACAAAGAAUACUCAGGUGGCAGACAGUGUGACGCUGAUGUUGAAGAUAAUACUGGAAAUUCAGGAAAAUCUAACUCAAAUCAAGGACCCAGUGUGGAGCCCAUGGCUCAGGAAAUAAAUGCUGAUACACCUGAAAAGAGCUAUUUUUCAGGUGCACCAUGCUUUCUCAGUGUGGGAAAUAGGGAUUAUGCAGUCCAGUCCCCCUCUCAAGAAAGCAACCUGCUGUUGCAGCCCCAGGCAGGACUGAGGAAUGAGGAUUUCAGUCAUUCUGAAGACCCAGCCAAGUCAAUGUUCAGCAAUGAGAAAAUAGAGUUGCUAAAAAACAAGUUAAUACUGAGUAUUUGUACGCAAGAGACUUUUGCCGUGGAUUCCGGAUCUGCAACCGAAGAUAAUAAGCUGUUAGCAAAGGCAAAGAGCCCCUCAGGCAUGUCCAACAGCAGGUCUCCAAGUGCUACAUCAGAGACGGGAAAAUGGCAGAGGGAGGGCCUAGAAAAGGCACAACAGGCUAUAAUUCGGGCCCAUCAGCAGCAGAUGGAUGAAAUGGCAUCUUUAUGUUUCAAGGAAGAGUGCUUGAUAAAUCAGAUGUCAGCAAUGGAUUUUCAGAAUUUUGUGACCAAGCUGGAUGAAGUCUUGGCACUGAAGUCAAAGUGUAUUCAAACAAUGCGAGCCCAGCUUCAGCUCUGUUUAGCCUCUCCUGGCACUGACAUGUCCAUGCAAACAGCUCCACCAGUUUAGACCUUUGCUUGCGCGUGCACAAGAACAGCUAUGGAAACAGCCAGCCAGUGUUUUGCCACACUUGGUGCUGCAGAGUGUGUGUGGGGGUAGGGGAUAGCUUUUGGUUUGAUGUUUAUGAUUAGUGCGUAUUUUAGAUAAGGAUGGAGAGAAUUCCGAGUAAAUGAGAGAUGACUACUUGGCACCACAAGGUUUUGUGUUUCCUUAAUACCAGGAAGCCACAUUCCUAAGAAUAACAAUUCAGCAGCCUUUAACUAUCUGACCAAGCAACAGUAUUCACAGCAGCGUCUCACAUGUUAAAGGCACUUCUGUGCUGCCAAGAAAAUGAGGGGGGAAAGAAAAAACACACUGAAGCCAGACACAGGUCUGAACAGAAAUGCUCAAAAGCGAUCCAGAAAAGUGUUUGCAAACAGAAGCCAGGAAAGAGAGAGGAGCUGCUCUUUGUUAAGUACACUAACGUAACUAGACCAUAAGUAAAUAGAAGUCAAGGCAGGGCAAGAAGUGCUGUCACUUUCAGAAGAACAAAGGCUAUUGCUGCAUUUGUUCUUUGCUUGGGAUGAACCCUCCAGGCCUCCUGAAAGAGGUGGCUCAAGUCAUGGGCAACAGGUGGUUUGGCAGGAGCUUUGUACCAAAGGGACACCUAGUGUGCUAAUAAGCAUGUGGGUUUCAUACUGCUGCCAACAGCGAGAGGCCAACAGCUUACCUGCUACAAACCAUGUCUGAUCCCUGCUCUGUGGCACAGCUGCAGAGCACUUUUCGGCCAGGACGACAGAAUUGAUUUUUCAUAUCAAAAGAGGCUCUGGUCAGAGGCAGUGGCAUUGCAGCAGCUGCUAACAGUGCUGUUAUAUGAACCUGGUAUUUGAAUCAAGAACUACAGUGUGCUCAGCUGGAGCCCUGCAAAAGCUCUGGUGCUGCAUGCACACCUGGGCCACAGAAAAGGUCCACUUGCUGCAGCCACAAGUAAGUGACCUUGAAACAUGCUCAGCUGACAACAUGCUGCACGAGUUCUCCCACUCCAAAAUUAGGGCUGUUGCUGCACAUUCAGCCAUCUCAGCACCUCCUCAGUAACACCUGGAGUAGCUCAAAGCCUGCUCAGUAGCCAGAAAUGCCAAGGGUAAGGAAACACUGCUGUCAGACCACCUGUGAAUUUUACCACCUGCUUCUAUGGCUAUCCCAAGGGGCCCGGGUUUGGCCAAGCAGCAGUACAGUAAUGGCAGUGACACUCAGUUAUCUGGGUUGCGUAUCUGGUGCAAAUGCUCCCAGGAAUGUCACAACAGCGUGGCCCUGGGGAACAGAAUUGCAAGGGGCAGCCUCUGAACGGAAGUCCUACAUCAGUGCCCUGAUUGUUGGGGUUGUUUGCUUUUUCUUUUUUAGCACAGGUUCAUCUCCAUCUUGCAAUCAAGACUGGAUUACUCUGUGGAGGAGAGUCCCUCCAGGGUAUGAGUUUAUGGGUCUCAAGAUGGUUCUUGUGGCCAGGUUACAGGCCAGUGGGAAGUCACGCCCAAAGCCAGGUCUCCCAGUCCCCUUUUCAGAAGCCUUCCUUGCCCAGAGAAAUGAGGCUUCUAGGAGCAAGACUUGUAGCAUCAGCAGUAUUUUGGUAUUUGUGCACAGCACAGAGCAGGGGUGCUUCACAGCCACUGCAGAGCUUUAAAGCAGUGAGACAGUCAGCAUCUUGUUAAAACCAUGGUGAGAAGAGCAGGCAUUAAACCAAGCUCCCCUUUAAAACAACCAACUCUUAGAAAACCUCCCUCAACUUCCUGGGCCAAGGAGACCUUUCCUGGGCAUAUGGUGAGGAGAACACGUGACAGCUGGGUAGGCCUUGCACCUUCUGAAAGCAUGAAUGGAUGUGAGCACAUACUGUAGUUUUAUGAGUGAGCACACAGAAAACAGGGCUGUUGGGGAGCUGCUGAGGAGUUCUGCAGCUUCAUUUGGCAUCGAGGAAAAGGUUGGGCUAUGGGAUAUGUGCACAGGUCACAGGAAAACAAGAUGCAGGGCUAGGGAGGAAAACUCUCCCUCCAUGUAGUCUGACAGUUGGGGGAUAAGUAUUGGUUGAUUGUAUUUUCAAUUUUUUUGAAGAGCAGCUCAACAAAGCAUGUUCACAGGCAUUUCCAGUCCGUUACCCAAGCUGGCCAUUUCUAAAGCAGCGCACAAGGAAGAACCAUUUGCACAACCCAUGGUGCCGUAUCCUAACCUUGGUACUUUCAGAGGUAGUUGCAACAAGACAGAUGAGUGACCAAAAACUUCCACAAGCAGAUGAGAUGGGAGGUAAGUCAGCUACCAGGAACAAGCCACCUGAGUCCUCCCUGGUCUACCAGAAAGGCGGUGAGCCUGUCUGGCAGAUCUGAGUCCUGCUGCAGGCUCCCAGAGAAGGAACUAUUUGCUCCCUGGAGCAAUGGCCAGGAACACAGAAACAAAACAUCAUCAAUGGAAAAAGCAGUUUUCCAAGGUCUGAUGAUCCUUUUUUAGACUUUUUUUUUUUUUAAAUAAAGCAGCCCUGGCUGUGAAAAUCCACCCAUCCUCAGCAAUAACAGGACUAGAGAGAUGCUUGAAGUGCUGCACACCCAGGAAAUAUCAAAACUGGGCUCCUAGUAUGUAAUGGAAACUGCCAAAAGCUGUUGUCAAAAAUGGUAAUGUUUUUCUCUCCACUCUUAUUACCUAGAUGCUGCUUUUUUUUCUUGUGUGGAAGUGUGCUAAAUGAGCAUGUUAAAAGUGUCAUCCCCUUCCUGCUGUUUGAUAUUGCACUGACACCUGAUAGGAACGGUUUUCAUUUCAACCUGAGGAAUGUGUGUGAAAGUAUUUGCCAUUACAGCAGUCCAACAGAUUAAGAGAGCCUGGCCACAUACAAUCAAAUAAGUACAGAACUCGAAUGGGUUUAUUUUUGUAUUCAGGUGCAAAGACUGUUAAUGCUCAUGGCAGAUGCUUAAUAUUUUAUUUGAAUAAUUGACAUUAUUUAAAAUAAAAUUCAAUUUAUU